AUGCUCAUUGAUCUGCUUCCCCUUACCACGAACCACACUCUGCUACCAUUUGUUAAGCUUAUGGAUCAUUGUGUUAAGGUUAACACAGAAACCAUCGACUUCGCAAGCACAGGCAUGAACCACACGGAGGGAGGCUGGCCCAAGGAUGUGUCCACGACCGAGGAUGACCAGAAGGUCCGCUACAGGAAGAAAAUCGAGAAGGAUGACGUCUAUAUACAUUCCAUGUUGCAGCUCGGUCAGAAGAUCGAGCACUGCAUCCGCCAGAACAACGCCAUCGACAUCUACGAGAUGUACUUCGAGUCGGAGGAGAGUCCCAUGGUGGAGGAGCCGGACCCCAUCAAGACCGUGAACGUGAUCAGGGACCCCCAUGGAGGUCAGAGGAUGGUGACCUCGGUGAGUUUCGCUCCCGAAGGAGGUCACAAGAUCGCCGCCGCCUACUCGUCCUCCAAGUUCAUGGCGCUGAAGGAGACGACGCCCAAGAUGUCCUACAUAUGGGAUAUAAUGACACCAAGCAACUGGAUCCACCAAAGACAAGGCCACUCUAGAUGCACGACGGAGGACGAUGAUCAACAACGCCCCGAGAUUAUGCUGUGCCACAUCCACUCAUCUCGCCAGAUUUCAGUCUCAUUGAGAAUGUUUGGGCGGCCAUGGGCAGAGACUUCCCCCAAAAUCAUACCUGCAAGCAAUUAUUGCAUGGGAGUGGUUGCGCUCUGGAGACGGACGCCAGUUAACGGCAUUCUUGCUAGCGCUCGCCAAUCUGGUGGCCACUGCAGCAGCAGCCCAGAACUGGAACUGCACGCGCCCUCCUGGCUGCAGUAUCUACAGUAUAAUCCCAAAGACCCGCAUGUUAUUGCAGCAGGCCUCUACAACGGCCAGGUGUCCUGGUGGGACACGCGGCAAGGCCCCCGCCCCGUGGAGUCGACGUCGCUGGAAGUGAGUCACGCGCAGACGGUCACGGCGCUCACGUGGAUGGCUCACAAGACACGCUCCGAGCUCUUCACUGUCUCCACUGACGGAAGGGUGCUGUGGUGGGACACGCGCAAGCUCUCUCAGCCCACGGACUCUCUCGUCCUCGACCCCCUGCGCGAGGAUCCCCCGAACGUCUCGAAGGCGCUGAGUGCCACCUGCGUCGAGUACGAGGUCACGAUGCCCACGAAGCUGAUGGUGGCCACGGAGCAGGGCCAGGUGGUGGCCUGCAACAGGAGGGCCAGGAGUCCCCCGGACAGGAUCAGCAUGAUCUACAACGCCCACAUUGCGCCCAUCUAUGCCAUUCAGAGGAACCCCUUCUUCCUCAAGAAUUUUAUGACAGUCGGCGACUGGACCAUCAAACUAUGGGCCGAGGAUUUUAAAGAAUCUCCCAUCCUGUGGACCAAACCCGCGCCGUCGCAGGUCGGCCCUUCGUGCUCUGUUGGCCUCUGGAUGAGGAGCGGAUGCUGGAGCGCCUCAAGAUCCUCCGUCAUGUUCACGGCUCGCCUCGACGGAGCCCUGGACGCGUGGGAUCUCCUCACCUCCUGGAGCAAACCCGCCGCGUCAGUGCAGGUCGUGGACGAGGCUCUUGAAACAGUGACGACCCACGAGGGCGGCAGACUCCUGGUGGCGGGCUCUCAGCUGGGCACGCUGUCCCUCCUCCACCUGCCCUCCAGGCUCGUCAUGCCCUCCGACAAGCACGAGAAAGCAGCGUUUACGGCCAUCCUGGAGCGGGAGACGAGGCGCGAGCGAGUCCUCGAGGCGCGCCACAAGGAGCAGCGCCUUCGGGAGCGUGUCCGAGGAGGCGCCGGGAGAGGGGGGGCGGGCGGCCCUCCAGGUGCCCCUGGGGGGGACGCCGCGCCCGCCAGGAACGCCAUCAAGGAGGCAGAGGAAGAGUACCUGCGGCGGGUGGCGGAGUCACUCAAUAGCUACGAGGAGGAAAUACCAGUAAAGGUUUAUAAUUUUUCCUCGAGCAUAACGGCGACCUUUACGGCGUCUCGAUGUCACAAGCGAGAUAAAUCCUUUUGCCUUUGUGAAGAUAGACUAUCAUGUCUAGUUUCCGCUCUCUAUGCAAAGCUGUUGCAUCGCGUUGCUAGUUCACGGCAGAGCAACCCCAUAGCAGAAACUGAAGUGGAUUAA